AUGCUGUGCCAAGGCAACGCGCUCAAGGCGGUCUCUCUGUUAGUUUUCCUUAUAGCCACGUCUGUGAAGGCUCAGCAAAUCGCUGAGAUCUUCGUAGAUGCAGCUCCUCACACAUAUCAUUUCCGUGGCAUAUACGGUCUGUUUGGACCUACAGAUACUCUCCAACGGAUGAAUCUAUAUGAAGCACCGAUGUCAGAAGCAUGCGAACCGUUCGACUUCACACCACCAGAAAGUAAUGUAGACGAAAAGUUUGUCUUUUUUGUGAUGCGUGGCGGUCAGUGUACUUACAUGGAGAAGGUCAAGAAUUGUGAGGACGCGGGCGCGUCAGGCGUACUUGUUGGUAAUUAUGCGCUGAAUCAG